AUGAAUGCGUCACUGGCGGACUACCAGUACAAGGCUCUUUCAACAAUCGACUCCAUACGCCUCCUCAGCAUUUCGCGAGACAACCAUCAUCCUCACGGACUCUGCCUCUCGCUGAAAGAGGUCAGCUUGGAUGAUGAACCAAUAUUUGCCGCGCUCUCUUACACUUGGCAGCUACCCAAGUAUGGCAACUCUGAACAGACCCUGGAGCCAGGGCCAGGAAUGACGUUUGAGGUAGUCUGCGACGGCAGAUCGAUGAAGAUAUCUGAGAAUCUAUUCAACUUCCUCUGUACCAUCCUCGAGUUCCGAUGCCUAGCAAAGGCUGGCGCGGACGAACCUUCCUCCACGACUCCGAAAUGUCCGCCCAAAGUCAAGUCCGCGCUGGAAACAAUGCCACUGUGGAUAGACGCGUUCUGCAUCGACCAGGCCAACAACAAGGAAAAGAGACAUCAAGUGCUCCUUAUGCACCGCAUCUACAGUGCCGCGCAAAAUGUUCUUGUGUGGCUAGGGCUCUCGGAGCCUGAUCCCGAGGUUCAGUGGAUCCACGACAAGUUUGUCCCUCGUCUAUCUCGGGCACUGAGGAAGCCGGAGUCUGUAAAGGCCCAAUUGUACAAGGACCCUUACUGCAGGAAACCUGAAGUUCUCGAUCUUUUGGGGCCCGACACAUGUUCCAGAUGGGGAACGUCAUGGUUCAUUCUUGCAAAGUUCCUUGGGGAAAAUCGCUGGUUCGAUCGCGGUUGGGUCGUUCAGGAAAUUGCUUUGGCAGAUCCAGCUCAAACACAUAUCAUGUGUGGAAAAGUUGUCUUGAGUUGGAAGCGCCUCGGUGCAUUCGUGCAGUUUCUCCAUGAGUCUCGAUGGAGCCACUCCCUGGAAACACACAUCGAACGGUCGUUCGAACAUGUUAAACUAUUCCCCAAUGGUCAAGCCCUGUCCAAGCCGCAAAGUCCUACCAGUAGGCAUCUUGGCAUCGGAGGUGGUCUACACAAGAUUAACGGAGUCCGCAAUCUGCUAAGCGAACUUGUGUUCUACACGGGAAACGAAAGCUGGAGCAUGAGAUCGGGGCCCGCAUGGCUCGCAUGUGCCAGUGUCAUCAUUUCCACUCUCCGCUCCUUUCACUUUGGGGAUGACCGCGAUCAUAUCCCCAAGGAGUCUCGAGCCCUAUCAUUCCUGACUACGAUCAAAGCGUGGAGGAUGUCUUCACAUCUGUCGCUGCGUGCUUUCUCGAACGGCUUCCAUUACUAUCAGAACUCAGACAUAUCGGAAAGGAGAAGACCCGCCGUUACACAGCCUUACCGUCGUGGGUACCUGAUUAUUCGGUACCAAAUGCGUCGAAAACGGAUCGCCACAACCGAUAUGGUGGGUUACCUCAGACCGAGGUAA